UGUACUGUGACUACUAUCUCACGCUGUACUGGGCGGUGUUACUGCAUUUGCCCAAUUUGGGGGUACGUCCAAGUCGUCGUGGACCGAACCAAGACCGAACCUGAAAUUUCCUCGACAACUCUUUUUUCGUGCAGCUAGGCAGGACCGUGUCUCCUCUCUUUCGCUUUCACAUUCUUCUGUCGCAUUAUGGUCGAGGACAAGUACAUCGGAUUGGCUCUGGCAGUCUCCAGCUCAUUAGCCAUUGGAACAAGUUUUAUCAUCACAAAGAAGGGACUUACUGAUGCAGGAGCACGAAGCGCAUCUGCCUCCGAUGAUUACACUUACCUCCGGAAUCCAAUAUGGUGGGCUGGGAUUUCCACUCUGGUGCUUGGAGAAAUCGCAAACUUCGCUGCUUACACUUUUGCUCCCGCAAUAUUGGUGACACCAUUGGGCGCACUUAGUGUGUUAAUCGGUGCCAUACUGGCGUCCUUCUUGCUCAAUGAGGAGCUUGGGCAUCUAGGACGGACUGGAUGCGCCCUGUGCCUUAUUGGUUCAUUGAUCAUUGUUCUCCACGCACCACCAGACAAAGAGGUUCAGACCGUGGACGAGAUUUUACAAUAUGCUAUACAGCCCGGGUUCAUGCUGUAUUGUUUCACGGUUUUCGUAUUCUCGCUCGUCAUGAUAUUUGGUGUUGCCCCACGCUAUGGCCGAUCCAACCCUAUUGUUUACAUAUCUAUAUGCUCCGUAGUUGGUUCCGUGUCUAUCAUGGCCAUCAAGGGCUUUGGUGUAGCCGUUAAACUAACAUUUGGUGGGAACAACCAGUUCACCCAUCCAAGCACAUAUGCGUUUGGCAUCGUCGUCAUUGGGUGCAUCCUUGUGCAGAUGAACUUCUUCAAUAAAGCACUGGACACAUUUUCUACCAAUGUUGUAAAUCCCAUGUACUAUGUUGGAUUUUCCACGGCAACGAUAGUGGCGUCCCUUAUACUUUUCCAAGGAUUUAAUACGACGGAUGGCACAAAUACCGUUACACUCCUCGCCGGGUUCAUUGUCACUUUCCUCGGCGUUCACCUCUUGAAUAUCUCGCGGAAAACUGAACCUCCGAGCAUGCCAAACGGUCACUCCACGCUAGAAAGUGGUCUCAUGAAUCCCCGCAUCAGCCUCCAGGGCCGCAUGUCUCUAGAUGGUUGGGGUGGUGUAUCUGAGGUACAACCAGACGGCGCCCUGCAGUCCUCUGGCCACGGCCGUCGUUCUUCAAUAUAUCGCGCACAGAGCAACACAUUGUUCAACGCCUUCGAGGAGGAGGAGACAGGCGACAACGUGCCACUGUCUCGAUUGCGGGAGAGCGAAGAAGAGUACGAGUAUGAUAGUGAUGUAGAUGAACGGACUCGAUUGCAUUCAGAGCAUCGCAUACGACCAAGUGUCUCUCGAAGUCAUAGCAAUUCCCCGGCGCUGCAGGGCAGCGCACGGAAUUCUCCUCGGCCAUCAUGAAUUACCAUAGUCUUUUACCCUUUUAACGGACCUUUAUAAUAGAUAUCAACUUCUUGUCUAACUUAUUGAAAGCUCAAUUGUGAAAGAGUGAAACCAAACAAACG